AUCCUUCUCGAGGAUUAACGGAUUUGGAUGAAGAGAAGAGGAGAGAGAGAGAGAGAUCCACCUCAUGUUAUUUAGCCUUCGGUUAUUUCUUUAAUAUCUCUAUUAUUCCAUCGAUCUCUUAAUCUUGAAAUUAAUUCCACCAAAUUACCCUCUCUUCUCCCUUUCUCUCUCUACUUUCUCUUCCUCCUCCUCCUUUUUCUCUCUCUAUGUCUCUCUUUCUUACUUCUACUGCCUCUCACUACUCGCCUUAUUUCCCUCUUACAUCUCUUUUAUGCUUUCUAUUUUCCUUUCAUCCCCUCAAUCUAUAUUUUGUUCCUCUGCCUCAAACAAACAAGACAAUGAAAUGAAGCAUUUGACAAAGAGGAGGAAGGGGAGGAACACGAUGAUGACGACGACUACGUUUCACUUCUCUUCCUUUUCCUCUGGCGCCUUGUUUUACUAUUUCUACAUUUGCUUCAUCACCCUCUCUCUACAUAUCUUGUUCCUCUCUCUCCCUCCCCCCCUUGACUCAUUCCCACCGCAGGAUCAACGGAUCGACGGAAUAAGAGAAUGAAGUCAAUAACAAACGGCAGUGAAGAGCCAGAAGUGCAGAGGGGUUCGAAUUGAGGUGGGGACCAGGACAUUAUACCAAGGGCUGUCUCUCUCUCUCUCUCUCUCUCUCCUGCUGGUAUUAAUACAUUUCUACGGAGAUAUUUCUACACACACACACACACCCCUUCGUAUAAAUAUAUACACUUCACAGCUCGUCCGGAACAGGAAGGCGACCAAAGACAUCUUCUCAACGUAUUUGUGUGUCUCUGAGAGAGAGAGAGAUUCUGUGUAUGUAUAGUGUGUGUAAAUAGAGAUAUAUAUUGUGUAUAGUUGUUUCUUCAUAGUUGUGUAUAUAUAAAAUCACCUUCAACAUACAUAGACACACUUUAUAUAUUAGAUUAUACUCUGUGCGUAUAUAUUUGUGGUUAUAUGUGUGUACGUGUUUAUAUUGUGCAGUUACUUAUUCGUAGAUGUAUAAAUAUAUACACACGUUCAUGUAUGAUAUAUAUGUGUGUGUGUGUGUGUAUAAUGAAGGGAAGCUUCUGCAAAUGACGUGUGUGUUUAUGAUGUUUCCUCCCUUCAACAGAAACAACAACAAUCGGGUUUUAUCUUCUAGAAUGUUCUAAAAAGACAUUGAAUUUGGCAGUGAAGGAACCUAGCUCAUGUUUUAGGAAAUCUGUCCAAAGGUAAAAGUGCAUCAUGGGCCAAGUUUUUCGUCGUCUUCAGGAACUCGAGAGGGAAUGCGUCGGUCAUCCUAACUACACGACCAAAACGUUGACCAGCAGUAGCUUUCCAGACUUAAGGGAGCUUCCACCUGAAUUGAGUUUAGCUGUCUUGUCCUAUCUGAACGCCACCGACCUCUGUCUGGCUGCAUGUGUGUGGGACACCCUUGGCAAUGAUGAGUUACUUUGGUUAAGCCUCUGCAAAGCAUCAUGGGGAGAAGUGAGUGUGUACCAUCGGUGGCAAGACCAACCAGAAUAUUCUUACAAACGACUUUAUUUAUUGCUGGACGAAGCCUCCCUCACAUUUAAUGUGGAUCCCCUUAUAGGAAUGGACUAUUUAUUCCGACAGAGUCUGGUCGACGACAAUCCUGUGGCCAUCGCUAACUUCCUUCACUCAACAAAACGGCUCAACCCAGACAUGAGAAGAGAAUUCCUUUACAAACGGCGGGAUGUUCUUCACUAUUUGAUUCGGCUGCAGAACUUACGCAGCCUAUUUUUGCCGACAGCACUUCGACAGUUUUUCAGUGAAGUUUCUGCUCCGGGUGAACGUGGAAGCUACCUGACUGACAUGAUAGAGAUGUUCUCUGACCAGUAUUGCCGCUGUAACCCAAACCUAGGAUUGUCUAAAGACACUGUCUUUAUUCUCUGUUUCUCACUGAUCAUGCUGUCCGUCGACCUCUGCAGCCCUCACGUCAAGAACAAGAUGUCAAAACGUGAGUUCAUUCGGAACACACGGCGGGCAGCCCAUGAGAUCCAGGACGACCUCGCCGGCCACCUCUAUGACAACAUUUACCUCGUUGGACACGUAGCUAUUGCUCAGAAAGCCAUCACAGACGACCAUCCUCACAGUUACCGCAUUAUCACAUGAUGUUUCAUACAUAUAUACACUCACUGACUGAAUACCAGACAAACGCAACACACACUUGUCUGUGUGUGGGUGGUUUUAUACAUGUGUGUGUGUGUAUAUUGUAAUGUAUGUAUAUAUAUCUAUAUAGUUAUACCUUGCGUGAAUAUAUAUAUAUAUAUAUAUAUAAAAUUGUGUGUAUUAAUAUAUUGUAUGUAUACAUAUAGAUGUAUAUGCAUUGUAAAUGUGUGUAUAAUUAUACAUGUGUGUGUGUGUGUGUAUAUAUAUAUAUAUAUAUAUAUAUAUAUAUAUAUGCACACACACACACACACACAUACCUACACAUUUAAACUCUCUGUCUCCUUCUGUUGUGUUUCUCCUUCACUUCCACAUUUAGUCUUUAUCUCUUUUUUCGUGUGUGUGUGUGUAUAUAUACACACACACACAUCUAUGUUUUUAUAACUAUUUCUUGAAACAACUUUAGCCAUCACAUGACCAGCAUGACUGCUACUACUACUACCAUCACUAUUUCUGCCACACCAUUCCACUUCCCCACCCCAACUACAUGACCACCACUCCUGCUAUUGUCACUAUUUUAAUUUUGAUGCCCCAAACCCCUCCAGCACUCUUGGGACUUCUGCCAAUGCCGCCACCACUACCACCACCACAGCAUUUACCACAAGCGCUACUGACACAUUGUGAUGUGGUGGCUGUCACACAGUGACUAAGUCAUUGUGUACAAUGAACUUCAUUGCACCUUACUAUGCCCCCACAAUCGCAAAUGCACAGUGUAGACGUCACAUUGGAUUUGAUCUCAGAACACCACAGCAUGUGUGACGUGAGCUGCUUCCGUUUAUAUUAUUGUGUGUGUGUAUAUGUGUACACACACGCAUAUAGUGUAUACAUAUGUGUGCAUAUAUAUAUAUAUAUAUAUAUAUAUAUAUAGAAUGUAUGUGUGAUUUUGUGCCUAUGAUAGCUACCAUCAUCAUCAUCAUCAUCAUCUUUAUUGUUGAGUUCAAAUUCUGCUUAGGUCAGGUAAGUGCCAUGAGUCACACACUGGGGUCCAUGUAAUCAACUAGCCCCGUCCCCUAAAAUUUCAGGCCCUGUGUCAUUAUUACAAAGAAUUAUUAUUUGAUGAGAAGUGGCCCCAUGCUGUGUUCCUAGUUUUUCUCGUUCUAAACCCAUAAAUCCUUGACUGCCAACCCUUAAUCCCACCUUGUGCUCCUGCUCCCUUCUGUUCACACCCUUUUCCCCUGCCACAUACACACAUACUAUCUCCAACACUUCCUGGCCCACCGCAGACAGUCUUUUGUCUCUUCCCACCGAUGUGAUGUCAUGGGCUUUAAUUCUGCUUCUCUUUGUUUUGCUAUAUUUUUUUUUUGCAUCUUCUUAUUAAACCCACCCACCCACCAAUCCUCUCUCUCAUCCCCUGCCCCCCCCCCUCUUGGAUCCUCUCUCUCUCUCUCAUCUUCCAUUGCUGUCACCCAGGUCUCUGGAACGUCUACGUAGGAGUAAAGGGAUGCCACCAAAUCAGCAUCUCGCUAUGUUCCACCCCUCUCCCUCCAUCAUUGCUUUUUGUGAAACACUCCAGCAGACAUUCCAUCCAUGGCUAUCCUCUCUUUAUGUCAAGCUUAGUACAUGUGUAUCUAGGACUACAUUAUCUAAUGGGUCCCUCCCUGUUUUUGUUUAGCCCCAGAUCAGUCCCAGUCUAGCAAACCUAUGGACAAAGAUGUUUAAGUGUGUGUGUAUGUAUGUGGUUGGUUAUAAUAGUGUCCCUUUUUUUUUUUGUUUUGGUUGCUGUUGUCCUCACUUCUUUUCUGCCCCAUCCUAAACCCGUUCUCUUUCAUCACAGACAUAAAACAACAGUGGCAACCGCAACAUGGUGGUCAGCUGAUGUUUUCUAGUAGUUGUGGUGGUGGUAGUCAGCAACAAAAUAUUUGAUAUAAUCUUUGCUUCAACUGUUUUUCUAAGGUCUUUUGGCAUUGGGCUGUGCCCUACACCAACACGUUUGAAGUAUAAAGAUAGAAAUCUGUUGCCUGUGGGUAUAGCCUACUUGUGAGGUGGACAGGCCAACAUUGCUCCAGAAUGGGAUGCCAGUCCAUCACACUUUACAGCUGAGUGCAAUGAAGCAACAGAGAACAACACGUUUUGCUAAAGAACCACCCCGUCGGGGAAUUGAAAGCAUGACUUAUGCAGUUGUUAGUGCAACAAUGCCUAAUCACUUAGCCACCUGCCUUUACACGCAUGUCUGUAUACAUGCAUAUAUAUCUUUAUAUAUACAUACACACACACAUAUAUAGUCCAAUCUGUUGAGGGGGGGGGGGGUAGGAAGGACAUCCAGCCAUAAAAACGGUACCAAAACUGACACAGAAGAGUCUGGUGCAGGCUCCUGCCUGGCCAGCUCCCAUCAAACCAUCCAACCCAUGCCAGCAUGUAUGGAGGACAGUAAACAGUGAUGAUGAUGACUAUAUAUAAUGUAAUGUGCACAGUAUUAAGAUAUGAACUACAAAUAGUUUUUUUCGUUUGGAGACAUGGGUCUGGUCAAGUUUUCAUAACACACCUUGUGUCUCCAAGCAAUCUGCAGAUAUAAAGAGGAAUCAGAAGAGAAAACGAGAAGAAUUUUGAUUCCAUUUCCACUUUUUUACAUCUACCUUCUUGUUUUUUUUUUUUCUCGUGAUUUCUCUUGUACUAAACAGAAGACACCAUGUGCUCAGAGCCCGGAGAUUGUUUGGAGACAAAGGCACAUUAUAAAAACCUACCUAGAACCCCGUCUCCAAAUGCAAAAAAAAAAAACUAUUAGAGCCCUUAUCUUUAUUUUGUGCACAUUAAAUGAUAUUUACCUCUCACUGGACGUUUUUUUGUUUUGUGUGUGUGUGUUAAAUAGUAAAAAUAGAGGGAUCAAUUAGAUUUAGGCAAACAAACAGUAAAGCACCAUGUAUUUUAGGCAUUGUAGGUCUACCUUAAAAUCUGUUUUAUUCUCGUUUACUCUACAUAAUGUGUGCUCUUUAGAUUUGUGUGUAUGUGUGUAAUUAUGUGUAUGCAUGUGUGAGUAAAUAUUUGUGUGCGAUCGAUGCACUUGAAUGUUUGUGCACAUGUGGAGGUUUUUAACCCUUUAGCGUUCAGGUAAUAGAAAUUCGAUUUGAAUUAAUCCUGCAUUAUUAUCUCAUAGCUUUGAGAUUUCAAUGAUAUUGUUGAGUAGGUGUGAGAGGCCAGAUAUGGCUGGUUUAAAUGAUAAAAGGUUAAAUAUAUACUUGUAUGUGUGUGUGUUUAUAAAUAUAUGUUUAUAUAUACUGUUGUAUUCAUGUAUAUUUGUAUAAACAGAUAUAGAUGUGUGUGUUUAUACAAACAUUGAUUUAACUCACACAUUCAACUAAAACUAACAGAAUAAUACAAAACAAACAAAAACAGUUUUAAAGGCAGUGCUCCAGCAUGAAUAAAAUCAUUGAGAAGAACUGACCCAGGAAAACAGUUGGGACAAAGAGAGAGAUUUGAAACCCUUGUCUCCAGAACAUGGGAUCUAAGGACAACAGGCAGCUGAAAGACAGAGCAGGGGGGGUGGGUCAUGUCCAGCACUGAGGACAGGACAUUGAACAUUGUAAAAAAUGAAAAACAAUAUUAAUAUAAAAA